AGGGCAAUGGUAUUGGCUGUCCAAACAUAGUUUAAUCGAAAUAUUCAAGAUCUUCUUACUUCCAUGCCUUUAUAUUUCUUAGCUAACAAGAAAUAAACAAGAAGUGAAAGAUAAUACAGCUGAAGAGCCUUCGAUAGAAAUUACAAGAAUGUAUGUGACAAGGCCUCUUUCAAUCUACUCAAAAUCUACUGAAGGUGUCCUUACGCCGCCACCAGAAGGUCCCAAUUCCGGUUAUUUGGUGGUCGCCGAUGAAGAAUAUGAGGCGGAGGCGACGUGUUGUUGGGGGUUGUGUAAAGAUACUAAGAUCCGAAACCUACCUUUCCCUCAGAACAAGAUCCUGACCGUCCGCUACAUCCAGCAACAUGGUCAGAAUACGAUGGUGUACAGCGAUAAAUCAUACUUCAUCCCAGUUCUUGAUCAGCCCUUGUCUUCCAAUCGAUACUACGUCAUACAUGCAUCUGGGAAAUACAAAGGGAAUGCAUGCACAUGUUCAAAGGAGGAGGAUAUGCGCAAAUGCUGUUUUUGCAUGUGUGUCAAUGAUGUGAAGCCCAGACCCCUAGACUACAGGGAUAUGUAUCAGCAGGUAGAGAUCAUUCGCCGACGUAGUGGUCGCUUCGUCGCCAAAUCCGUUGCACCAGACGGGUUCCCUCCAUCGUUCUUGAGAAGAAAAGGGUGGGAAGUAUACACAAAAACUCCCCAUGACUUCCAACUAGGCGAGGCUCACGGCAUUGAUCUCUCUCUUCGCGCCCGUCUUCCAACAUUCGACUUCCCAAUCUCUAACAAGCAUUCUGCGAGCACUGUAGUAGGAAAGUGGUAUAUCCCUUUCAUGUUCAUUGUGGAAGAUGGUACUAGCUCAAAAGAUCAAAUAGGAAAGUCCAUGUUUUAUGAAAUGUAUCUUGAACAGAUGUGGGAUGAGAUCCACAUAUGUGAGAACCACAGCACUGAACAAAAUGCCGUGGUAGUGAACACGACUGUGCGAAGGGAGACCGCAAUGGUCUCUAGUCAGGAAGCCAUCCCACGUGUGGUUGAUGGGGUGAUGUGGUUAAGUGGUCCACCUAAUAGCAUGGGUGUGGGAUUGAGUAUGGCAGUUGUUGAUAGAAUGAAAUGGGAAGCUUGUAGAGGAGGUUGGAUUGAUGGGAAUGAGAGAGAUUUGAAGGUGGAGAGGGUGGAAGAGUUUGGAGGAGUGAAUGGAUGGAGGAAGUUUGGUUGUUAUAUGUUAGUGGAGAGGUUUGUUUUGAGAAGGAUGGAUGGGAGUUUGGUUCUAACUUAUGAUUUUAAUCACACUCAUCUGAUUCAAUCCAAAUGGGAGUAGUUUGUUUUAUAUAUGUUUCAUAUUUACUUCAGGACUCUAAAUUCCAUUAGUGUGUACUGGUGUGUUAAUGAUGUAAAAUUUAUAUGGAGAGUUGUAAGUGGUGUAUUGGAUUGUCUAA